GAGUGUGUUUCAAGCAACAUCCAUUUUCUAGAUUUUUGAUCAGAGUCAGUCGGUCACUGUUUGUGUUCUGGAACCUGACAAACUGCAGGUCAUCGUUGUUCUGCUGCUGAUGUGGACGGGAGCCUCACACACAUAAAGUCUCACAGUGAUCAGAGUGGAGGCGACACCUGACUGAUUUGAUCUUUGUUCUCUGGACUAAAUGAAAAUGCUGGUCAUCUUUGGAAUCUUGGUGAUGUUCACUGAAGCUGGAGUGGGUUUGCUGUCCAUGAACCCUGUUUGUAGAUUUAAUCAGAGUGAUCCAUGUUAUGGAGCUGUGGGACGACCGCUGUACCUGCAGCUGCCAUAUGAGUAUGAAUUACACUUAAAGAAGAUCAUCAAUGGAGCUCCUACUGAGCGUAUUUUCAAAUUUAUAAACCAUAAAAUCACAUUAAAACAUCCAGAUUAUCCAAGAUGGCAGUUUGUUGCUGAUAACAGAACCAUGAUAAUCAGCAGUGCAGAGAAAAGAGACUCAGGAAGAUACAUUUUAGAUACAUUUGAUUCAAGAGGGAAUAACAGAGUUUAUCAUCUCCAGCUGGUUAUUGAAGGUGGGUCUACACAACCUCUAAUCACAUCACACACUGUGGUGUCCUCAGUGACUGUGACAGACAGCUGCUUAUCAAUUGAGAAGAGGAACGUUUACUGUUCGUCUGAUGGAGAUAAUGUGCAAUACAGCUGGACUUUCCAACAUACACACCAACUGGCUGAUGUGAACCAGACUCUUCUGCUGGACAAGGAAGUUCAUGGAAGUGUCACCUGCUAUGCUCAGAAUCAUGUUAGCCAUGGGAAAAAAACUAUUGAGAUACAGCAGUGUCCUGAUCCUACAACUGUGACCCCCAUUUCAACUCUGAAGCCUAAAGUGACACCAAGGACACAAUCAGGAGACAUUGUGUUUGUGUCAGUGUGGGUUUUGGAGAUUAUUAUUCUGCUGUCAUUGUUAGGAGGCUUUCACAUCUACGCCAGAAUCCAAAGAAAACAGAGCAAGAGAGCAGCAGAAAGUAAGGAAGAGGAGAACCUGGAACAAGAAGACAGAGAGCAUCAUUACAGGAGAUAAACCAUCUCACACAACUGGAACAAUCAGCAAAAUACAACCGUCAGUAGAGAAAAAAAGAAAACAGGCUGAGGUCAUUCUGAUAAUUAAGGACACUGGUGGACUGAAUUGACAAUAAAAAUUUGCCCAUCCAACUAACAAAUCAUUUAGCCUUGUGAAUUGAAUGUAACUGUAGACAAAGCACUUUUAGUGAUUGUCUUUGAUUGAAAGGUCUACAUGAAACUUGCUUUAAUUAGCAGAGUCCAGUCAUCACUGAAAGUAAGUAUGGCCUUCAAUAGUUUAAAAAACACAUCUCUUUACAUGGAUCCUUCACAAAGAACAUAUGAGGUCAGAAUUCCAUUGACAGUCCAUAGAAAGAUUCUUCACUCCAUGCAUAAUGCGACAGGUAUGGAAACUGGUAUCUCUCUUGGCACUGCUUUGCUUGCCUUUACCCCUUCUGGCUGGCAUUUGCUCCAAGGAACUCGGGAUGUGUGGCUGUGAAAGCUGGCCCAUGGUACAUGCAGAUGCUCCUAAAAAUGACUUUUUGUUAAUGUCAUUGUUUGUUCAUUUAAAAGUAUGUAUAUCUAUUUACUGUGUUAUUCUGUGUCCAGGGGUUUGAGUGUUUCAUGUUGAGGUUUGACGACCAUGAGUUCAAUGCUUUGUAUGUGCCUUUCUGCCCUGGGGAUUAAUAAAGAGCACUUCUUGUGGUGAAAUCA